CAGAAGAUGAGUGGUUUGGAGGAAGAGGAGGACGGAGCAAAGUCUGUAGUAUCUGGCUGUCUGUCUAUGAGGAGUGACUUUUCCAAAGAGGAACCUCCAUUCUUCAGUAAUGAACCUGGACCCUCAGACACAAAAAAGAGGAAGAGGAUUAAUGUUUCUGAGGAGGAGCAGCUGUCCAAAUCCAGAACCAGAGCUGGACUGCAGACAGCCAAUCAGAGCAGCUCUGAACAAAUGAAUGUUGGUCGUCAGAAACAUAAGAUCAGGCUGAAGGAGACAUAUGACCGUGUGACUGAAGGAGCUGAAACAGGAAGUAGAACCCUCCUCAACAGGAUCUACACUGUCCUCUACAUCAUAGAGGGACAGAGUAAACAGGUUAAUACACAACAUGAGGUGAGGCAGCUUGAGACAGCUUCCAAGAAGAAGACCCUCCAUGGCUCUCCAAUCAAGUGCUGCGACAUCUUUAAAGCCUUACCUGGCCAAAAGAAACACAUCAGAGUGGUUCUGACGAGCGGCGUUGCUGGUGUUGGAAAAACCUUCUCAGUGCAGAAGUUCUGUCUGGACUGGGCCGAGGGUUUGGAAAACCAAGAUAUCAGUCUGGUGAUUCCUCUUUCCUUCAGGGAGCUGAACUUGAUCAAAGAUGAGCAGUACAGUCUUCUGGAGCUGCUCCGUGUUUUCCAUCCAACAUUACAGGAGGUCCCGGCAGAGCAGCUCGCUGGCUCUAAACUUCUCUUCAUCUUUGACGGCCUGGAUGAAAGCAGACUUUCACUGGAUUUCAACAACAAUGAGGCUGUUUCUGAUGUCACACAGAAGUCAUCAGCCAACGUGCUGUUGACAAACCUCAUCCAGGGGAAGCUGCUUCCCUCGGCUCUCGUCUGGAUAACUUCCCGACCUGCAGCAGCCAAUCACAUCCCUCCUGCAUGUGUUGACAGGGUAACAGAAGUACAAGGCUUUGCUGAAGCCCAGAAGGAGGAAUACUUCAGGAAGAGAGUCAGUGAUGAAGAGCUCUCCAGCAGAAUCAUCUCCCACAUCAAGACAUCCAGGAGCCUCCACAUCAUGUGUCUGAUCCCAGUCUUCUGCUGGAUCACUGCUACAGUUUUGGAAAACAUGUUGACUACAGACCAGAGAGGAGAGCUGCCCAAGACCCUGACUGACAUGUACUCACACUUCCUGCUGGUUCAGACCAAGAGGAAGAAGCUCAAGUAUGCUGAGGGACAUGAGACGAGUCCACGGGAGCUGACGGAGGCUGACAGCAAAGUUCUUCUGAAGCUGGGGAGGCUGGCGUUUGAACAGCUGGAGAAAGGAAACAUCAUGUUCUACCAAGAAGACCUGGAGUGCUGUGGUCUGGAUGUUACAGAGGCCUCGCUGUACUCAGGAGUUUGUUCAGAGAUCUUCAAAAGAGAGAGUGUGAUCUUCCAGAAAAAAGUCUACUGCUUCGUUCAUCUGAGCGUUCAGGAAUUUCUGGCUGCAGUCUACCUGUUCCACUGUUACACCAACAGGAACAAACAGGUACUGAAGAACUUCCUGGGAGAAGACUAUGUUAGUUCAUCCCUGGAUGUCUUCCUUGAGAGAGCCAUGGAGAAAUCCCUUGAAAGUAAAAAUGGCCACCUGGACCUGUUUGUCCGCUUCCUUCAUGGCCUCUCUCUGGAGUCCAACCAGAGACUCUUAGGAGGCCUGCUGGGUCAGACAGAUAACAGUCCAGAAAUCAUCCAGAGUGCCAUCAACAACCUGAAGGAGAUGAACAGUAAUGAUAUCUCUCCUGACAGAAGCAUCAACAUCUUCCACUGUCUGACGGAGAUGAACGACCACUCAGUCCAUCAGGAGAUCCAAGAGUUCCUGAAGUCAGAGAACAGAUCAGAGAAGGAACUCUCUGAGAUCCACUGUUCAGCUCUGGCCUACAUGCUGCAGAUGUCAGAGGAGGUUCUGGAUGAGUUGGACCUGGAGAAGUACAAGACAUCAACGGAGGGACGACGGAGACUGAUUCCAGCUGUGAGGAACUGCAGAAAGGCUCGGCUUAUUAACUGUGCACUCUCUGAGACUGACUGUGAAGUUGUGGCCUCAGCUCUGAAGUCCAACCCCUCCCAUCUGAGAGAGCUGGACCUGAACGACCUGAAGGAUUCAGCAGUGGAGUGUCUGUGUGCUGGACUGCAGAGUCCAAACUGUAGACUGGAGACUCUUAGACUGAGUGGCUGUAAUCUGUCAGAGAGAAGCUGUGAAGUUCUGUCCUCAGUUCUCAGCUCCCAGCCCUCUAGUCUGAGAGAGCUGGACCUGAGUAACAACAACCUGCAGGAUUCAGGAGGGAAGCUGAUCUCUGAUGGACUAAAUAGUCCACACUGCACACUGGAGACUCUCAGACUGAGUGUUUGUAAUCUGUCAGAGAGAAGCUGUGAAGCUCUGUCCUCAGUUCUCAGCUCCCAGUCCUCUAGUCUGAGAGAGCUGCACCUGAGUAACAACAACCUGCAAGAUUCAGGAGGGAAGCUGAUCUCUGUUGGACUGAAGAGUCCACACUGUACACUGGAGACUCUCAGUCUGUCAGGCUGUCUGAUCUCAGAGGAAGGCUGUUCUUCUCUGGUCUCAGCUCUGAGCUCCAACCCCUCCCAUCUGAGAGAGCUGAACCUGAGCUACAAUCAUCCAGGAGACUCAGGAGUGAAGCUACUGUCAGAGGGACUGAAGGAUCCUCUCUGGAGACUGAAAACUCUCAGGGUGGAGCCUGCUGGAGUCAGAUGGUUGACACCAGGUCUGAGGAAGUAUUCCUGUGAACUCACACUGGACACAAACACAGUGAACAGAGAACUCAAACUGUCUGACAACAACAGGAAGGUGACACGUGAGGAGGAGGAUCAGCCGUAUCCUGAUCAUCCAGAGAGGUUUGACUACUAUCAUCAGCUGCUGUGUAGAGAUGGUCUGACUGGUCGCUGUUACUGGGAGGUUGAGACGAGAGGAAAUGUUUCUAUAUCAGUGAGUUACAGAGGAAUCAGCAGGAGAGGAGACAGUGAUGACUGUUGGUUUGGACAUAAUGAUCAGUCUUGGAGUCUGAUCUGCUAUGAUGGUGAUGAUGAUGGUGGUUACUAUGUCUGUCACAAUAACAGAGAAACACCCAUCUCCUCCUCCUCUGUCUCUGGUAGAGUAGCAGUGUAUGUGGACUGUCCUGCUGGCUCUCUGUCCUUCUACUCAGUCUCCUCUGACUCACUGAUCCACCUCCACACCUUCAACACCACAUUCACUCAGCCUCUCUAUCCUGGGUUUGGGUUCUGUUCUCCUGGUGCCUCAGUGUCUCUGUGA